ACAUACAUUUUUUAACAAUAUAAUUUUGAUACCGUUCACGUAAAGCACUUUUCUUCGAAAUUCUGCUUUUUCUCUUACAAAUCUCCCAUUUUUCAUCAUAAUAAACAAAAAGAACAGAAAUCUAUGGCUUUUUCAAUAUAUCAUGAUCAUUUCUUUUUCUUUUUUAUUUACCUCAUUAGAAGAUGCUGCAACUUUAAUUAGUCUUCUCUUUAUUCAUUGAGCUUGUGUGCCAAAUGGCCUAAUUACAUCUCAAUUUCACUAGAACUAAAAUCUCAUAUGAUUAAUGGAGAUUCAUUCUUGGCAAAUAUCAAAUGUCCUAUAUAUAAAGUCUCAUAUUUGAAAGGAUUUCAAUUUCAAUCCAAUUGUAUUCCUCAAAAUUUACAUUUAGAAAUACAAGCAGGGCAUACUUACUGAAAAAAAAAAAAAAGAGUUGGUGAGUUAAGAAAUGGCAGCUGAUAUCAGUGAGAAGUUGUUGAGUGAUAAGGAAGUGAAGCUGAAGGACAAGUUAUGGGACGAGACGAAGAAAAUGUGGGUGAUUGCUGCUCCAGCUAUGUUUACAAAAUUUUCGACGUUUGGAGUAACUGUUAUAAGCCACUCAUUUGUUGGUCAUAUUGGAUCUAAUGAACUUGCUGCUUAUGCUUUAGUUAGUACUGUUCUUCUCAGAUUUGGCAAUGGCAUUCUGAUGGGAAUGGCAAGUGGAUUAGAAACUUUAUGUGGACAAUCUUAUGGUGCUAAACAAUAUCAUAUGCUUGGAUUAUAUCUCCAAAGAUCUUGGAUUGUAUUAACCGUAGCCACGACUCUUCUUUUACCACUGUACAUCUUCACCACACCGAUCCUAAGAGCUUUAGGCCAGAAAGAAGAGAUAGCUAAAGAGGCUGGACUCAUUUCUUUAUGGUUAAUACCUGUGACUUAUUCCUUUGUUGCAUCAUACACAUGUCAAAUGUUCUUACAAGCACAGAGUAAGAAUAAGAUUAUUACAUACUUGGCAGCUUGUACCUUAGCGAUUCAUAUUUUCCUCUCCUGGCUUUUAACCAUGAAGUUUAAGUUUGGAAUUACUGGUGCUAUGAUAUCUACAGUUUUGGCAUACUGGCUUCCUAAUAUUGGUCAGCUAAUGUUUGUAAUAUGUGGAGGAUGUAAAGAAACUUGGAAAGGUUUUUCAUCUUUGGCUUUUAAGGAUCUUUGGCCAGUAGUCAAGCUUUCUUUUUCUUCAGGUGCCAUGCUUUGCCUUGAGUUCUGGUACAACAGUAUACUAGUUCUUCUUACAGGAAAUUUGAAAAAUGCUAUGGUUCAGAUUGAUGCUCUUUCUAUAUGCCUUAAUAUCAAUGGUUGGGAAAUGAUGAUAUCUCUUGGUUUCUUAGCUGCAGCAUGUGUACGAGUGUCAAAUGAGCUGGGAAGAGGGAGCGCGAAAGCAGCAAGAUUUUCAAUUUUGAUCACAGCGACAACAUCAUUUGUUAUUGGUUUCCUUCUAUUUUUAUUCUUUCUCUUCUUGCGUGGACAUCUAGCUUACUUAUUCACGGACAGUCAAGACGUGGCUAAAGAAGUCCAACAAUUGUCUCCUCUAUUAGCAUUUUCCAUACUUAUGAACAGUGUUCAACCAGUUCUUUCUGGUGUUGCUGUUGGAGCUGGUUGGCAGAGUAUUGUAGCCUAUGUUAACAUAGGCUGCUAUUACUUGGUAGGAAUUCCAGUUGGAGUUGUGCUUGGUUAUGUUUUUAAACUACAAGUUAAGGGUGUUUGGGUUGGAAUGAUUUUUGGUACACUGGUCCAGACUAUUGUACUACUUAUAAUCACUUUGAAAACUGAUUGGGAUAAACAGGUUUUACUUGCUCAGCAAAGAGUGAAGAGGUGGCUUGUAGAAGCUAAAACAAAUGCUGAUUCACAAAUUGCUUGAAGUUAGAAAAGUUCCUAUGUGUUAGGAAUAAUUUGUACAUUGGAUGCCCAUAUGAAUAGUUUAAAAAUUAAAUCUCCUAUUUUAUGUCAAUCACCUUUACUUUUUUAUGCCUAUAAAAGGUCAUGUAAUUGCAAUGUAAACACACACCAAAGUGAAAGAAGAAUAGACUUCUUCCU